AUGCUCCGUACCUACUUGACCUCCACCCCGGUGCUGGAGGGGACCCGGCUCCGCUUCGCCGUGUCGGUGACGGAUGAGAUGUUUAUGCCUCUACCGGGUGACUUCUCUUUGGACCUGAGCCUUAGAGAUAGCAAGGGCACGCGGCUGGCUGGCCUACGGGACGUGCAAGUGACCAGCUUCCGUAUCUGUGAUGGGCUGGAGCUGGCCAUUGACUGUGCCGUGCCGGAGUCCGUAGUCGGGCAGGAUGCUUGCCUUCUGGUUGCCGCGCAGACGGAGAGAGACAGCGAAACUGGGACUGGCAGCCGAGCCCGGUCAAGGUCCCCAGCUCGUUGCUCCAAGUGCAGGGUCCAGGCAUCAGGAAGCUGCAAUGACAGAGCGCUUCCGGAAGCACAGCGGCUAGGCGACAUUUGGGCAGUUCAUGCAGAGGCACUGCAUGGCGAUGCGGUUCUGUCCUGCGAAUAUCCGCUGUCGAGCCGAGAGGACGAGCACUGUUUUCGCUGCUUUGCAUUGGGAUCCCAUCUCCUCCGCAUAAGGGAGGAGAUCUCCAGUGCCGAUAUGCCCACAGGGGGACGUCUCUGGGAUGCUGGUGUAGUCCUGGCUCACUGGCUCGCGAGCUUGGGGCCAAACGCCGCAGAACUGCGGGGAAAGGCCGUCCUCGAGCUUGGAAGUGGCUGUGGGCUGCCCGGCAUCGUGGCCGCAAAUCUCUUCGCUUCGAGGACGGUCUUCACGGACAGGCAGCCGGUUCUGCAGCUGGUGAAGCAAAAUGUCGCGACGAACUGCCCGAAUCAGAACACCAAAGUCCUGGAGCUGGAUUGGGUGAGGAGGGAGCACUGGCAGCAAGUCAAGAGCCAGUGUGGGGAUGCCUUCGACAUCAUUUUGAUGUCAGACUUGCUCUAUACAUCAACGGCUGCCUCGAAGGUAAAGGACACCCUGCUCUUCUUCUCGAAGCCUGGAACGAUGGUUUUCCUGGCGCACAAGCCCCGCAUGGAGUCCUUCCCCGGCUCUGAGAGCCAGGAGCCCUUCAACCCGCUGGCGCUGGAGUCCACCCUAGGCCCAUGGUUCGAAUCCACCCGCAUCCUCAGCUUCGGCAUGGAGCACUGCCCGAUCCACCUCUUCCGCAUGACCCGGUGGAAGUCCUGA